AUGGCACCCAUAGCCGCAAGCAAAGAGCAUGAAUCAAACCUCGCCCGACUACUGGGUUCAGGCACCGCUGGCAUCUCCGAAUUGGCCGUCUUCCACCCCGUCGACACCAUCGCGAAGCGAUUGAUGAGCAACCAGACAAGGGUUACGAACCUCAGCGCGCUCAACAAGGUCAUCUUCAAGGAAAAGGCGGAUGCGCCCUUUGGCCGCAAGUUCUUCUCCCUCUUCCCGGGCCUGGGAUACGCAGCGGGAUACAAGAUCCUGCAAAGAAUAUACAAGUACGGUGGCCAGCCGAUCGCGCGCGACUACCUCGCAUUGCACUACAGCAAGGAUUUCGAGAGCGCCUUCGGCAAGAAGACGGGUAAGGCCAUCAUGCACUCGGCGGCCGGCAGUCUGAUCGGCAUCGGCGAGGUCGUCCUGCUCCCCCUGGACGUCCUCAAGAUCAAGCGCCAGACGAACCCGGAUGCGUUCCGAGGCCGAGGCGUGUUCAAGAUCGUCGCCGACGAGGGGUUCGGGUUGUACAGGGGCUGGGGGUGGACCGCGGCCCGGAAUGCGCCCGGCUCGUUUGCGCUCUUCGGCGGCUCGGCCUUCACCAAGGAGUACGUGUUCGCGCUGAGCGACUACAACAAGGCGUCGUGGUUCCAGAACUUCAUCGCGUCGAUCGCGGGCGCGUCGGCGUCGCUCGUCGUCUCGGCGCCGCUGGACGUCAUCAAGACGCGCAUCCAGAACCGCAACUUCGAGAACCCCGAGAGCGGCUUCCGCAUCCUGACCAACAUGGCCCGGAACGAGGGCCUCACGAGCUUCUUCAAGGGGCUCGUGCCGAAGCUCCUCAUGACCGGCCCCAAGCUCGUCUUCUCCUUCUGGCUCGCGCAGACGCUCAUCCCCGCUUUCGACACGAUGCUGAAAUAG